AUGGAUUCCAAUCAGAAAUUUGCACUGCAUGAGGCUGCGCGGGAAGGACGAAAUGAGGUCGUCGAGUCGUUGCUCAAUGCAACCCCGAAAUCUGCCUUUGUGAAAGACGACGAUGAGCGUCUUCCAAUUCAUUGGGCUGCAGCAUACAACCGGCUCCCGGUCGUGGAACUGUUAGUCGCUAUGAAGGAUUUCGACCCGGAUGUAGAAGAUGGCUCCGGGUGGACGCCUCUCAUGAUUGCAGCAAGCCUGCAAGAUGCUGCAGGUGACGCGACGAUCGACCUGCUACUACGAAAAGAAGCAGACGUCUCCAUGAAAAGUAACUCCGGACAGAAUGCUCUGCACUUUGCAAGUUCCAAGUCCAAUAUUUCCACUGUCCGCACCUUGCUUGCCAACAAGUGUAGCGCGAGAGUCAAAGAUAAACGUGGCCAGCUACCACUCCACAGAGCGGCUGCAGUGGGAUCUGUGCCCAUUCUGAAGACUCUCUUGGAGGAAGGUAAAAGCCCUGUCAACGCAACGGAUGGGGACGGAUUUACAGCACUUCACCACGCUAUUUCUGAGGGACAUGGACCUGCUGCCAUUUUGUUGUUGAAGUCGGGGGCUGAACCAGACAAAAGAGACAGCGAGGGUAGAUUGGCGAUUGAGCUGGUCCCCGAUGACAAAAACACUAAUUCUUCAUCGUUUGUCCAGGUCAAGCAAUACAUCCUACAAACAGCAGAGAGGGAGGGAAUCGAACUUCCUUAA